AUGCGCUAUCAGAUGGCCAGUGAUGUAUUAAAUACGUUUCGUUACUUUCCAGCCAUCAAGGAGUUGCUCUUGUGGUACAACGCGAGCAAUGAAGCCGGUGUUGUACCUGCGCCACUACAGGUCGAUGCAAUUCUCGCUAUCGAGUCGAUCGUGGACAAGCACAAUCUCGGCCAUGCUCCUCCAAGUCCUCAAUUGAUCUCUCAGGUGUUGGAAUGUACGAGUCGACCAUUCACACUGGCGCAAAACCUGGAGCCACGUGACUUCCACAUAUUGUGCUCAGGAGAGAACCUCCGCUUUGAGACUAUCGGCUUCCUCCUCGCUACUGCAGGACGAUCGCUUACCUUUGGCUUCGUUCCAGAUCUGCUCAAUGACCCCGCGAACCGCGCUCUGAAAUCGCAAUUCACGGACGAACUGCUUCGCGCGAGCACCACAUGCCUUUUCCUAUGCACUAUGCUUGCUACGGUGAACGACAUCACGGUUUGGAUGUACUAUGAAAACUACCUCUUCACCACAAUGAUGUGUGGAUAUGCGGGACCGCCUUCUUGGAGACGACUUGGUGAGCUUUCCACACAAAUCUAUGCGCUCGGCAUCCAUAAGGAAUCGACGAGCGCCAAUGUUCCAUUGUGGCUCCGUGAAACACGGAAGAGGCUCUUUACCUCCUCCUACAAUCAAGACAAAGCCAUAUCCACGUUCCUGGGCCGGCCGAUUCGCAUAAGCAAGAGACAUACAGACAUCAGCCUGCCACUCGAUAUUUCGGAUGAGGAGACUGUCGGCGAUCGAGCGGGAUGGUUGGAACACGGAUGGCAGAUGGCGAAGGGCUUCAUGGAUUAA